CACGAGUUCGUGCGUGGACCAGAUUCUGUUGAGUUAAAUGAACAAAAGUUGAAGUUCCUCGUCGUGGCAGUCGGUAAAUGUUGUGAUAUUUUAGGAGAGCAUAAAUUGCUCCAGCGGUCGACGGUCGAGUGGCGGGGUAAAACCCGAGCUGUCAAACCCGAUGACUACUGCAAACUGCCCCGGUAAUGAGGAGCUGGACUUCAGACUGAUCUUCGGAGAGGACGGGCAGCAGCAGCCGUUAGGCCCCGCAGAUCUGGAGCCUGAUGACAACACUUCAUUCUACAUCCUAAACGUGGGCCAGCCCCAAUCUAUGGUCACCAACCACCAGUCUAUUGGUCUGCCUCGUCAUGGCAUGCAGUCCCACUCCCAGGUCAUCAGCACUUCGCCAUGCUUUCAGUCACACAAAACAGGACCUGAACCUCCGAGCUAUGAGGCACAAGACUCCAAGUACGGCACCUCCCCCCUGCUGCCCUCUGUUCCUGUGGAGGCACCAAAGGCCUUUGAAUGUCCCAGUAUCCAGAUAACCUCUAUCUCCCCCAGCUGCCAGCAGGAGAUGGAUGCCAAUGAAGAGGAUCUCAGGGCCAAUGGCCCUGAUGGGGACUACCAUGGUGAUAGGCCCCUGUCAAGAGACCACCUGUAUCUCCCCCUGGACCACUCAUACCGGGACUCUUCGCUCAGCCCUAGCCCAUGCAGCAGCCUCUCCUCUAGGAGCUGGUUCUCUGAUGCCUCAUCCUGUGAAUCAUUCUCACACAUCUAUGACGAUGUUGACUCAGAGCUAAAUGAAGCAGCUGCCCGAUUCACCCUGGGCCCACCGCUUACUUCUCCAGGCGGUGCCUCCCCUCAAACCAGUGGUGGCGUUUUGGAGGAGCAGCCCCACUGGCAACACCACCACCCUGCCUUUGUGCAUCACUCCCACUCUAUCAGCCUGUCACCCCGACAAUCACCCUGCCACUCGCCUCGCACCAGUGUCACUGAUGAAAAUUGGCUUAGCCCACGGCCACCUUCAAGGCCCUCCUCACGUCCCACCUCACCCUGUGGGAAGAGACGCCACUCGAGCGCUGACAUCUGCUACCCUGGCUCAUUGUCUCCUCAUCACUCACCCACACCCACACCAGGACCUUCACCAAGGGGCAGCGUGACAGAGGACACCUGGGUUGGCAGUCCUUCUGCAGGCAUGUCACCCUUCCAGUGCUGCCCAUCUGAGGCUGACAUCCCAUCCAAGACAAGGAAGACCUCACAGGACAGAACAGCUCUGCAGACUGGGAAAGGGGAGCUGGGGUCAGAUGACCAGGGAAGUAUGUCUCCUAGUCUAGACUCUCCUUCAGACGAGGCCCUGCACAGCCUGAAGAAGGAUGGGCCUGGGGAACAGUUCCUGUCAGUACCCUCUCACUUCUCAUGGAAUAAACCCAAGCCUGGUCAUACACCAAUAUUCAGGACCUCCUCACUGCCUCCCCUAGAUUGGCCACUGCCAAGCCAGUUUGGCCAGUAUGAGCUCAAGAUAGAGGUGCAACCUAAAGCCCACCACCGAGCGCACUAUGAGACCGAGGGCAGCCGAGGAGCUGUCAAAGCAGCAUCUGGUGGCCACCCACUUGUCAAGCUCAUUGGCUACAGCGAGAAGCCUGUCAACCUGCAGAUGUUCAUUGGAACAGCAGACGACCGUUACUUGAGGCCGCACGCCUUCUACCAGGUGCACCGGAUCACCGGGAAAACCGUAGCCACAGCCAGCCAAGAAAUUAUAGUCUCCAGCACCAAAGUUCUUGAAAUUCCUCUCCUGCCCGAAAACAAUAUGUCAGCCAGUAUCGACUGUGCUGGCAUCCUCAAGCUGCGGAACUCAGACAUUGAGCUGCGGAAGGGAGAGACGGAUAUAGGAAGAAAGAACACACGGGUCCGGGUGGUGUUCCGAGUGCACAUCCCUCAACCCAACGGGAAGGUGUUGUCGCUGCAGGCUGCCUCUAUUCCUGUGGAGUGCUCCCAGCGUUCAGCUCAAGAGCUGCCCCAGGUAGAGAAAUCCAGCCUGACCAGCUGCCUGGUCAGCGGGGGAGAAGAGAUGGUCAUCACCGGCUCCAAUUUCUUUCCAGAGUCCAAGGUCAUCUUCCUGGAGAAAGGCCCUGAUGGACGACCACAAUGGGAAGUUGAGGCAAAAAUAAUCCGUGAGAAAUCUCAAGGAUCAUGCAUCAUGGUGGAGGUCCCUCCCUACCACAGUAAGACUGUGGGCUCAGCUGUGCAGGUGCAGUUCUAUGUCUGCAAUGGCAAAAGGAAAAGGAGCCAAUCACAACGCUUCACUUAUCUUUCAGUCAUGGUGAAACAGGAGCACAGAGACGAGCUGGACCUUCCUGCAGUUCCCCCUAUGUCCAUGCCCCUGGUACAUUCUGCCAGUCUGGUGCGCACCCAGCUGCCUUCUCCUGAGCAGGGCCACCCAUCGGACAACCUUCUGUCCAGCUCCCCUCACGGCCUGGCCAUGGGCUCUGGACCUGGUCUGCUACCCCUGCAGGCCCCCUGCCCCUCCCUGGGCUCCCCGUCUUUCCAGCACCUGCCUCACCUCCAGGGCCGCAGUUUGCACCACCCCCCUGCAGACUGCCACAUGACGUUCCACCCGAACUCUGCUCCAGCUCCUCAUCCUGCUCCUGCCCGGCCCUCCUACCAGCCUUUGCAGCACAGCCACAGUCACGGUCAUAGCCUGCCCUUCAAUGGCCAGUCCAGCCUUCCUCCUCAGGGCUAUGAGAGGAUGCCCUUUCAGCACAGCCCCGGUGCAGCAUCACACCCAAUGGGUAUGGGAAUGGUGUACUCCUCCUCCCCUUGCUCCUCGCCAUCAGCGCCCUCCUCUUCAACCACCAACCCCAUUGUUGGGUCUCCCCAGAACCAGCAACCCCUGCUCACACCGUCGUCCACACACCUACACACACUUGGAGGCUAUCACUGCUCCCCAAAUCCCACCCAGGUGCCCUCUCCCAGUGGCCACCCCCUUGUGGGACAGCACUCCUCCCAACUUCAGAGGGCUAUGGGCUACCACCCGGUAAGUCAGAGGUCAGCCUCCUGCCCUACACCGUCCAGCGCCCCUCCUCCACGUAUGAUUCCCUCUCCGCACUCUGGGCCUUCCUCCCCUCAGCUCCACUCACUGCCCUACCAGUCUCCCACCUCAUCCUCCCCCACAUCUGGUGGCAGUCCACUGGGGCAGCAUUCAGGACAGCCUUCUCCCCAGGCUACAAGCCCGGUCAUGGCCAGCCUGUCCCCAGUGGCAGCAGGGCCUCUGGUCCACCCUCUAAGUCCACAAGGGCCCUUCCCUUCAGAUGGGGAGAGGCUGAACAUCAAACAGGAGCCAGAGGACAGGGAGCCCACGUUCCGCUCCAUCGGCCUGCAGGACAUCACGCUGGAUGAUGUGAAUGAAAUCAUCGGCAGAGACAUGUCCCAGUCCCCCAGCACUCAUGGUCCUCCAUCAGCACACAACCAGUCAUAACUCAGCCCACGCUCAUCCCCUCCAGCUCUGAACCCUACAACCCCCACAGCUCCAACACUGACCCUGGACCCUCGUCCAGCUGCUGGUCCUGCAUGCGAUGGGACAAGAGGGCAGGAAGAAAUAAGAGUGACUGUGGUCAAAGACAAGUUACGGUUGGAGAUUCUGUUAAAGCGUCAUGGACCUGCCAGAUCACCAGUCUGACAGGAAGACCCUCUCAUCUGUCUCCUCUCAUUGCAUUUGAAACUGUACUAUUUCUCUCAGUUAGAGACAUGGAUGCAGAACUCACACCUGCAGGAGAAUGUAGACAUGCGGCUGAGAUGGUUGGAGAGUAAUGAGGAUUUAAGAAAUUGCCGUCCCUCUUCAUUAGGCCUGACCUUUCAAAGCACAGCUGUCUUCCUGACCAAUCAGCUCUCUGUGAGUUUGGAGCACUGUCUUUUUCAAAUAACUUUAUAUAGUGGAGACAAUACAAUGGCGUGUGUUGUCACCCCCCUUCUCACCAGCAUUGUCCUUCAUGAAUGAAGACACCUUGAGACACAAAAGAAUAAGAGAGACUCAGGAGUGCACGGUGCUCUCACAGGAAGCCAGAGCUGGGAUUCAAAACGGAGUUUCUCAGGCACCAUUUUCAUAGACAUCAGGAUACCAAGACUCCCAGGACGCUACAAAACAUGUUAGGUUGGCCUGAGUGAGCAUGAUGUGGCAAAACUAAUCACACAUGGAAGUUGGAGAAAAAUUAGUCAUUAGCUGUAAAAUUAUUAGCUAUUAUAAUGAUUAUUGUAAUUAUUAGCCGUGAAUUUCCAAAUUCAAAUCAAACCGACCAGAAUGAAUCAGUAAAAAUCCUUCAGAAAAAUUCUGUGUAACGCUGAACUUUCCAGUCGGGUCCCAGUUUUCCGCUCGUGGCUUAGUGAUGACGACACUGUGCGCUCCUUGUUUUUCUCCCUUUUAAAUGAUAAAACCAUUCAGGUCUGGAGUGCAGGGGCCCGGCGGGGAGGACGAGCUCCUCUGGCGCUGGUCUGGGAUCUGCAACCUGCAACAUUCCACAACGUUUAGUAACCUUGCAGCCGUGUAGAUAUCUGUACAUGAAUCCCCCUCUUUCUCCUCUGUUUCAUCGUUACGUCCUCUCUCUCAUGUGUUUCCUUGUCUUCUUCAAGUUGAACAAAUGCCUUAUUAACACUUAGCAGCUUUGAAUGGUAGCGAAAGCUUUUUUUUUUGUCGUUUUGCACAGCUGGCUUUGAGUUUUACUAGAAUAUUUUUCCGGAAACAGAUGUGCGACUUGGGUCGCGUGGAUAUGACUUGAUGAAUCCUGAUGAAGCGAUGGCGUCAGUUAGCCCUCCUGAUCACUUUCAUUCAAAGAUAUUUGAAGAUGCCCGUUAUUUCCAUGUUACAGAGAAGUGUUUUCCUGAAGCCACAGAGGCAGACCUCUCUGUCUCUGAAAUUUAUUCUCAUGCAAUACUUCCCCAGAUCUCCCAGGGGCCCUGCGUGCCUUCUAAUUCCUAACAGCCACUGUACCUGUGAUGGUGUGACAGCUUAGCCGAGUUUAAUCAGAAAAACAAAAAGUUUUAAUAAUAUUUUAUACUGAAAGAUGUCUGUAUAUUGCAUUUAUGUAUUGUCCCCCCUUCUCUAAGGAACAAGGUCAAAUCCCAACAACAGAUCAACAUCUGGAUCAAACAGGGUCUUCCACAUCCCCUGUUUGCAACAAUUGAUGUUGAAGUUCACAAUCAAAGACUUAUCCUUAUUUGUCUCCAGAAUUGUGUCUGUUCACAAUGAUGUAUUCAUUAAUAUUUCUUAUGCUGACGGACGCACAGUUCCUGCACGGCAGCAAUCACGUAGUCUGAAGGAAAGCAUGUCUUCAGGCAGGUUUCUAGUCAGUUACAGUUACAGAUGUGGAUGUGAACAGACAGACACAGAUUCUGGUGCGAAGAUUCCCUUUGGCUUUUUUGCCUUAAGCUUGACAAUGAUGCUCCGUGAUGUGAGAGCCGAGGAGUGUUGCUUAUGACGGUUUGAAGUCAGUUUCCUGGUGAAAAUGAUUCUGCUAUGCAUUAAAAUUCUGCCUAAUGCCUUUAAAAUGAGGGGAAAAAAGACAAAAAAGACCUUGAUGCCUAUAGAAGUAGAGAGUAGACUUGUUGUAGAUGCUUGAUCGAUUCUGUUAGCAUCCUGGAGUUGUCCGUCAGCCAAUCUGCCUUGUCAAGGACGCAGUGCAAGCAUCUUAAUAGGUUCAGGUGUGUGUGAGUGAGUGUGAGUGUGUGUGGUUGUGGAUGGUUGGUGUUUGUACCAAAUACGUUGUACAGAAGACAGGAAUUUUUAGAGUCCUAUUUUCAACAACAGAAGCACACACAUAUUUAGGCUAUGCAAACUAUAACAGCAGCAAAUGUGAGAUAUGACAUUAAAUAUGAAAAAUGAGAUUAUAAACUAUUUGUAUUAAUGUUGCUUAUGAACUUCACAGAGCGGAAAGAAAAAAAAACAUUCAGGUAGUGAGAGUAUCAUGUCACUAUGUAAACUAUUAGGAUGCCUUAACUCUUGUUUGAAAACCAGUUUGUCAGUGUGUGUGUAUGCUGUUCUGGGUUGAUUUUUUUUUUUUUGUCAUGACUAAGACAUAAGUCAGUAACUAUUAUUAUUAUUAUUAUUUGUUUGUAUUUGGGGGGCACAGGGUGGACAUAGAGGGGUUAGGUGGGAGAAGGUAGAUGGCUUUUUUGCAUAUGAAGCUGGUUCUGCAGCUUGAAAGACUCAACAGAAAACGAAACAAAACCAGCAUUGACAGUAAUCUCUGGCUGCCGUCCUCUUCUGUCACAACCAAAGACCGAACAAUAUGUUCCCAUUUUACAUUUUGGUUAAGCAACAGAGACUGUACAACUCUAUUUUUGAUACUUUGAAAUGGAUGUCAUUCCUAAAAGGUUGGGGACAUGUAUGAGUGUUGAAUAUAUAUAUAUAUAUAUAUAUAUAUAUAUAUAUAUAUAUAUAUAUAUAUAUAUAUAUAUAUAUAUGAGAUGUUUUGUAAAAUAAUAAAAGGGAAAUACAGGUUUAGCUGAUGCUGAUGUUUACCGAGCCUUGUAUUGUCAUUUCUUGUAUAUUUUGUAUGUUAAAAUUUUUUUGUAAUUUUCAAGACUGCAGUGCUUUUUGAAAUUAUUCAAAGGGAAUACCUUGCAUCAUACUGUAGGCUCUAAAGUAGUGUAUAUCAAUA